AUGCUUAAUGGAAUUAUCGGCCGCAAAGUCGGCAUGACACAAAUCUUUGAGGAUUCAGGUGAAGCGAUCCCUGUUACCGUCAUCCAAGCAGGUCCCUGUCCAAUUGUCCAACUCAAAACGCAAGAAAAAGAUGGAUAUCAGGCAGUUCAAUUGGGUUUCGGAAAGCAGAAAGAGAGCCGUAUCAAUAAGCCUAAGCAGGGGCAUUUCGCCAAAGCUGGCAUUGACUCGGCAUUCGUACUUCGGGAAUUUCGUGUACAGAGUCUCGAUGACGUGUCUGUAGGAAGUAUUGUCGAUGCAAGCGUCUUUUCAGAGGGUGAACUCGUUGAUGUAACUGGCACCUCGAAAGGACGCGGUUUUACCGGUGUGGUGAAACGUUGGAAAUUCGCCGGUGGUAAGAAAAGUCACGGCGGCGAGCAAGAUCUGCGUCGUCCUGGCUCCAUUGGUGCAAGCGCGACACCCUCCCGGGUAUUUAAAGGAAAACGGAUGCCGGGACGUUACGGUGCCAAACGGCAUACCACCCAAAACUUACCCGUGAUCCAAGCCGAUCCUGAGCGCAACUUAUUGGUGGUUAAAGGUGCUGUUCCCGGACCCCCCAACGGUUUGCUGCUGAUUAGAAAGGCAUCUAAAGCACCGAGUGCAUAG